CCUUCUUCUUCCUCUUAUUUUCUCCUCACUCGUAUUUCUCUCUCUAAUUUCAGACCCUCAUCAAUGGAAACCUCUCCCAGAAGAGAGACUAACCCUAACCCUAAACCUAACCCAAACGCCCUCCCAUCCCCAAACAGCAGCAGCACAAGCAGCACCAACAGCAACAACAAUGGACUCCAAGCUCCACCAACAACCCCAACCGCCCAACCCCAAACCCAUGACCAGAUCCGACUCCGCUAACCCUUACCCGACCACCUUCGUCCAGGCCGACACCUCAUCUUUCAAACAAGUCGUCCAAAUGCUGACCGGAUCCUCCGAAACAGCCAGCAAGGUCGCGUGUUCGAAACACGAUGCCAGACACAACAUCCCGCCGAUCAAGUCCACCCCCAAGAAGCAGCAACAGCAACAGAACUCCGGUUUCAAGCUCUACGAGCGCCGCAACAACGCCCUGAAGAAUCUCCGGCUCAACCCUCUUAUCCCAAUCCCGGUGUUCAAUUCCAACAACAACAACAACUCCGGGUUCUCGCCGCGAAACCCGGAGAUUUUGUCGCCGAGCAUUCUCGAUUUCCCGGCGCUGGUGCUCAGCCCCGUCACGCCGCUCAUACCCGACCCGUUUGACCGGGCCGGGUCGGCGAAUUUCGGGCAUGGCUGCUCACAGUUGAACAAGGAGGCCGAAGAGAAAGCGAUCAAAGAAAAAGGGUUUUACUUGCACCCGUCGCCGACUACGACGCCGAGGGAAUCGGAGCCCCGAUUGUUGCCCUUGUUCCCGACGACGUCGCCUAGAGCUUCAGGUUCAUCUCCUUCUUGAAUUGAAAAAAAAAAAAAAAAAACGAAAACUUUGAAAUCUCUGUAAUUUUAUUAUGCUAUUGUUGACAUUGAUGAUGAAGAGGAGAGGGAGGAAGGUAAAGAUUUGUAAUCGAAUAUUUGCUGAGGAUGAAUGGAAGAGAGAAUGUUUGGAUCAA